AUGUUGCAAACCUUGAAAGAGAAUAAGACGUACGCCAAGUUGUCUAAGUGUGGGUUCUGGAUGAAAGAAGUGAGUUUAUCAGGUCAUGUAAUUUCUAGUGGAGGUAUUGUUGUUGAUCCGUUGAAGGUUGACGCUGCAUUACAAUGGGAGACUCCGAAGUCUGUUACUGAGAUUAGAAGUUUUCUAGGUUUGGCUGGUGGUAUGAUGAUGCAAAACAGGCAGGUCAUGGCUUAUGCUUCUAUACAGUUGAAGAUUCACGAGAGGGAUUAUCCUACACAUGAUUUGCAAUUAGUUGCCGUUGUGUUUGUACUUAAGAUUCAGAGACAUUACAUGUUUGGAUCCAAAUUUAAAGUGUUUAGUUAUUAUAAGAGUUUGAAGUAUUUGUUCGACCAGAAAGAGUUGAAUAUGAGGAAAUUAUUGCAUAUGUCGAUGCCUAUGGUUCGAGAGUUGGAAUUGAUUGAGCAAUUCCAAGAUUUGAGUUUAGUAUGUGAAAUGACUCAUAACAACAUAAGAUUGGGCAUGUUGAAGUUGAUCAAUGGUAUUCUUGAAGAGAUCAUAGAAGGUAAGAAGAUCGACUUAGGAUUAGUUGAUCGGUUAAUGUCGAUUAAUCAGGGUAAAUAUGGUGAGUUCAAAAUUGAUGAGAAUGGUGUGAUAAGAUUCAAAGAUAGAGUUUGUGUACCACAUGUGCCUGUACUUAAGAAGAGUGUUCUUGAGAAAGGUCACACAAGUGGAUUGGGUAUUCAUCAUGGUGCUACUAAAAUGUAUCAAGACUUGAAGAAGUUGUUUUGGUGGCCUGGAAUGAAGAAGGAAAUUGUCCAGUUUGUGUAUGCUUAUUUAACUUGCCAGAAUCCAAAGAUUGAGCAUCAUAAGUCGUUGGGUCUGAUGCAACCGUUGUCUAUCCCUAAGUGGAAGUUGGAUAACAUUUCAAUGAACUUUGUGUCUGGGUUGCCGAAGACAGUGAAGAAUUGUGAUACCAUUUGGGUUGUUGUUGAUAGGUUGACUAAAUCGAUACAUUCAUUUUGA